GAAGAUUUGACUCCUUCUGCUUGUUUUGUCAUUUUAAGCAUAAAGGAUAAGUUUUUCUUGUAACUCUGGAAGGGGAGGUGUGGAAUUACAUCAGAAAAUUUAUUUUUCCUUUGAACACUCUUUGCCUGCUGAGUGAUUGUGCUGGAAUUCCUCUAUCAAAAGGGUUUCUCUGUCGACAAUUACCAUGAUCCCUGUCUUCAUCCCAGCUUUGAAUCCGCCGGGCUAUUGAAUAGGCAAAUAAAACCGGCUGGUUGAGGAAGAUGAAACAAAGUAUCUGCCUGAAUUUCUAAUUUCAUUAGAGGGAAGAAGAGAGGCGUAGACAUCAAGAGGAGGGGAUGAAUGUUUAUGCUCACCCCCCUGCCAUGAGUGAAUUUGCAGGAGGAUCAGCUGAGAGCGAGCCCCAGCCUUGCUGCACGGUCCUUCACCUGCAAUGCAGUGCUGGGCAGCUGCAGCUGGGUGCUGGAGGCAAAUCCCUCUUCUCCUUCACUCUUGCACAAAGCUUUGCUGCAUUUGAGGAGAGCCAGCCCCUGUGCCUGCUGCUGAUGUCCCCCUCCUUCCCCAGCACUGUGGUGCCUGACUUUUGAUGGCUUUUUCGAAAACUAUUGGGCUGUCUUCAGGAAUAUCUUUAUCCAUGGGAGGCCGUGCUUCUUGCAGACCUGACACCCAGCACCGCAGCCUUGCUGCUCAGUCUGAGAGUGAUCUUCCAGAGCAAGAGGAGGAAAUCCUGGGAUCAGAUGAUGAUGAGCAAGAGGAUCCAAAUGAUUACUGUAAAGGGGGUUACCACCUUGUGAAAAUAGGAGAUCUCUUCAAUGGACGCUACCACGUGAUUCGGAAGCUUGGAUGGGGUCACUUCUCCACCGUGUGGCUGGCCUGGGACAUCCAAGGGAGGAGAUUUGUGGCAAUGAAGGUGGUGAAGAGUGCAGAGCACUACACAGAAACAGCACUGGAUGAAAUCAAAUUGCUGAAAUCGGUCCGCAGCAGUGACCCAAAUGAUCCAAGCAAGGAGAGAGUUGUUCAGUUAUUAGAUGACUUCAAGAUUUCAGGAGUGAAUGGUUCCCAUAUCUGUAUGGUGUUUGAAGUUCUAGGGCAUCAUCUCCUGAAGUGGAUCAUCAAGUCAAAUUAUCAGGGUCUUCCACUCCCUUGUGUCAAAAAAAUCAUCAAACAGGUUCUUCAGGGUCUGGAUUACCUGCAUACCAAGUGUAGAAUCAUCCACACAGAUAUAAAGCCUGAGAACAUCCUGCUGUGUGUGAAUGACCAGUACAUUCGCAGGCUGGCUGCAGAGGCAACAGAGUGGCAGAGAUCUGGGGCUCCCCCACCAUCUGGCUCUGCAGUGAGCACUGCACCACAGCCUAAACCAGCUGACAAAAUGUCAAAGAAUAAGAAAAAGAAGUUGAAAAAGAAGCAGAAAAGACAGGCUGAGUUGUUGGAGAAGCGAAUGCAAGAGAUAGAGGAAAUGGAGAAGGAAGCAAACCCUGAGCAGACACAGCCUGAAGAGGAGGAAGAAGCUCAGACUCCUGUGGAAAUGCUCAUAAAAGUCAGUCCAUCAGAGGAAAGUAUCAACAAAAAGCCAGCAGAAACCCUUGGACAGGAGGGAUCCAAUCUCAUGGAAAGCAACGUGGAAAAAGACGCUGCAGAAAUCAACUGCAACGGGGUGAUCGCCAUGACAGAGCUGACAGACUCUGGGAACGAGGGCUCCGUGCGCCUCGAGGACGACCUGCACAACGCCAAUGCCCCUGCCAAUGCCCCUGCCACCCAGCACCCCGACAACCUGCACAGCUCUAAUUACACCCAGCACAACAAUGACUCAGAGCUCGGGCCCCAGGAAGCAGUGUUGGACUUGUUUGUGCCCUUGGCUCCGGAGGAUUCCAUGGUGUGCCAGCCCGUCCCCAGCCAGGAGCAGGCGCUGAACGAGCAGGGCAUCAACAAUUUUCAUCAGGAAGGCAUCAGGACAGAGAUCCCUUCAGAGGAUGAGAAUGAGACUAACAGCCCCACAGACAACAAAGGAAAAUCAGCUGCUGGGAAUUUCCUUCUUAAUCCCCUUGAGCCCAAGAAUGCAGAUAAGCUCAAAGUGAAGAUAGCUGACCUAGGAAAUGCCUGCUGGGUGCACAAGCAUUUCACUGAGGACAUCCAGACCAGGCAGUACAGGUCCCUGGAGGUGCUGAUAGGGUCAGGGUACAACACCCCUGCAGACAUCUGGAGCACAGCCUGCAUGGCCUUUGAGUUGGCAACAGGGGACUAUCUCUUCGAGCCUCACUCUGGGGAAGAUUACUCACGAGAUGAAGAUCACAUUGCAUUGAUCAUAGAACUUCUGGGGAAAAUACCUCGCAAGCUCAUUUUGGCAGGAAAAUAUUCCAAGGAGUUUUUCACCAAAAAAGGUGAUCUGAAGCACAUCACCAAACUGAAGCCCUGGGGCCUUUUUGAAGUGCUGGUGGAAAAAUACGAGUGGGCCCAAGAUGAGGCAGCUGGAUUCACAGACUUCUUACUCCCUAUGCUGGAGCUGAUCCCAGAGAAACGAGCUACAGCAGCAGAAUGUCUCAGGCACCCCUGGCUUAACUCCUAGAAGCUUCCAAGCAAUGCCACAACGUUACACUCUGGUUUACAGCAUAGCCUACACACCCAGCUGCCCUUUCCCAGAUCCAUUUUUCUCCUUGUUCACUUUCAGUGUGGAGUUCUUCCUUCAAGGCUUCCAAGAUUUUAGAUAAAUCUAAACCUGUUCUGCUGA